GAGGCAACAGAGAGGGCGGGGAGCGGCGCAGGAGGAUGGAGGGUGGUGAGCGGCUCCUCCCCAAAGGCUUCCCCAAGCUGAAGAACGACACGUUCCUGCGGGCGGCGCGCGGGGAGGACACGGAGUACACCCCGGUGUGGUGCAUGCGGCAGGCGGGGCGGUACCUGCCAGAGUUUCGGGAGACACGGGCAUCACAGGAUUUCUUUGCCACUUGCCAGACCCCCAAACUGUGCUGUGAGCUGACACUGCAGCCACUAAGACGAUUCCCCCUGGAUGCUGCCAUCAUCUUCUCUGACAUCUUGGUGGUGCCCCAGGCGCUGGGCAUGGAGGUUGUCAUGGUCCCUGGGAAAGGACCCAUAUUCACAGAGCCCCUGAAGGAAGUGGAAGAUCUGCUGAAACUGCGACAGAAGGUGGAUGUCACCGCAGAAUUAGGUUAUGUGUUCCAGGCCAUCACACUGACACGACACAGCCUGGAGGGCAAGGUGCCCCUCAUCGGCUUCUCGGGAGCACCAUGGACGCUCAUGUCCUACAUGAUUGAAGGUGGUGGCUCUACUACAAUGGCCAAGGCCAAGAGCUGGCUCUAUCGUCACCCUGAGGCAAGCCACAGGCUGCUACGCCUGCUGGCCGACGUCAUCAUUGACUACCUGGUGGGGCAGGUGGCUGCUGGAGCACAGGCGCUCCAGCUGUUUGAGUCCCAUGCAGGGCACCUGGGCCCAGAGCUGUUUCAGGACUUUGCUCUACCUUACAUCCGAGACAUUGCCCAGACUGUCAAGAGCAAGCUGAAGGAGGAGGCACUGCCCCUGGUGCCCAUGAUCAUCUUUGCCAAAGAUGCACACUACGCCCUGCGUGACCUGGCCCACGCUGGUUAUGAGGUUGUUGGUCUCGACUGGACCAUCCGGCCCCAGGAAGCUCGUGCACAGAUAGGAAAAGAUGUCACCCUGCAAGGGAACCUGGAUCCAUGUGCUCUCUAUGCACCCAAGGAAAAGAUUGGCGAGCUGGUGAAGAAGAUGUUGGAGAGUUUUGGGACCCAACGCUAUAUUGCCAACCUGGGCCACGGCCUCUACCCUGACAUGAACCCUGAACAUGUGGGUGCCUUUGUGGAAGCCGUGCAUGCUCAUUCCCGUCAUAUCAACAAGCACAGCUGACCCUGGGGUCUUGGGGACAGGACUCUGGUUUGGGCACAGUCACCUGUUUUGUCACAGGGUUCACUCUAUGCUGGGCUGCAGCAUUAAACAAGGACCUUCUCUGCA